CUUACUCUUGCAAAUGAGACCCAUCCUGGUCUCUUGAGUUCUCACCCUGGUUAAAAACAAUAUAACCUUUGAAAUAGAAUUUUGGCCACGCGUUCCAGCCAAUGGCCCAAAUCGUGCUAUGGAUCUGCCGAAUCUACUGCUGUGCUGCCAUCUCUUGACACGUCGCAGAUCUUGUCGCCCCACGACUAUAGCACGUGUUACGCUCCUAUGGCACGUGUUACGCUCCUAUAGCACGUGUUACGCUCCUAUAGAACGUGUUACGCUCCUAUAGCACGUGUUACGCUCCUAUAGAACGUGUUACGCUCCUAUAGCACGUGUUACGCUCCUAUAGAACGUGUUACACUCCGGGUGGUCACCCACGCUCAACCCUGCUCAGCUAUCGAAAGACGGUCAAGUUCGUGCGAUUUCAGGAUGAUUUGGCUGGAAGUCGUAGUGAAUAAACUCAAUCAAUCGUAGUAUUAAAUGGAGAGAUGUAGAUUUCGAUAGUAAUUUCUAGCAUACAUUUACUGAUUUAGAUUAUCUAAAAGUUUGACAUUGAUACGUGUGGCGAAAAUUCGCGGGUGACUUUGGCGUGCGUCGAGGCAAGCGUGUGAUUCAUGUUGUAAACCCCUGUCGCCUGACACAGACGCAGAUAUAAAGAUGAUAAUGCUCAUGUGAAGUGACGAUCACCACUGCACGGCCGUCUUCAAACGUGCUCCAACUGAUAUGUUCCCGAGCGAACCAUCGCCUCCAAGAUGUCUACCAGUUUCUACGACACAUCAAACCUGACAUCAUCCUCGACAUCCCUCCCCGACGUCGACCCCACGACGAACGCCUCCGUCAGCAACGCGACUUGGCCGGCUCACGUCGCGCGCGAGUGCCUGGGCUUCAGCUCGACCGCCUGGUACCUCUACCUGGGACUCCUCUUCCCCGUGGGCCUCCUCGGCAACUCAUUGGUCCUCUACACCUACUGGCGCUUGCGAGUCAAGCGCCAACUCCAGGAGUCGCUGGACGCCCUGCUGAUGGCCCUGGCCGCCGCCGACCUCGUGUCGGUCGCCGUUUCCCCAUCGUGGGUCUCCUCCGCACUCCACACGGACGCGGCGCCUCGCAGCGGGCCGGGCUGCCUGGUCACGGCGACGCUGUUCAACGCGGCGCACUACGCGAGCGCCUACGUGCUGCUGCUCGUCGUGUGCCAGUGUUCCUUCGAGGUCCUGGGACCUCCGCACGGCUCCUUCGCCCGGCGCCUGCGGGCGAAUCCCCUGGCGGCCGCGCUGUUCGCGGCCUCGUUGAGCGUGGCGCUGUCCAUCUCCACGACGUUGAUCGCGAGCGCCAGUGGCGGUGACGACGCUCGCGCCGAGGAAUGCCUCUCCUGCCGACCCGACCCACGCCACGGCCCCGCCGGAGGAGACCUCUUCAAGUUCUUCCUCGGCUUGGUCGCGCCCGCGUGCGCGAUGUCGCCGUUCGUGGCGCGCGCCCUGCGCGAGGUCCUCCUGGAGGGGUCUCCGCCGCCACGGCAGGGAGAGGAGGCGGAGGCCUCGAGACGCAGAGCCGAGAGGAGGCGGCCGUACCGAGCCCCGUUCGGCAUCGCCGUCGCGUGGGCCGCGACCAGACUCCUGUACGGCGCGUCGCUCCUGCUGCGCGUCGCCGUGUCGUGUCUCGACCAGGCCGGCGCGGCCUUCUCCGACCUCGCCCUCCUUGCCCUCCUCUGCUGCAGCUGCGCUUCGCCGCUGAUGAGCGCCGCGCUGCGCGAGUGCUACCGGGAGAGCGUGCUGGUGUUCGCUAGGUGGGCGACGGGCCCCUGCAGAGGCAUCUCCACGAGCCAGGCGCACAACAAGGUGAUGCAGCCCAUCGUGGAGGUGGCCGAGGCGAGGGGCGACAGCUGCUCGCUGCACUCGACCAUCGGGGCCAUCGAGUCGACCGCCACCCCGAGGAUGGACGUUGCACGCGCUGCGAUCCGAUGGGACGCGUAUCAGUCCGUCGAGGUUCGGGUCGGAGGGGAUGAUCAUUCGCAGCCGCGGACGCCCGCAUUCGGACAUCGAACGCUCACCGUGUGACUCUGGUGUCGCGAGGGAUCACGUCGAGGCUGUGCCCCCACGAUUGAUGUUGUUACGGUGAAAGCUGCGGUCAUGAUCGACACCGCAAACAAAAUCCCCAUCGUCAUCAUCGUGGUCAUCGUUAUGAAGAAUCUAAAGCGUCGUAAUCGUUGCCGUAGUCAUCUUCACCACCACCGCCAACAGCAGUGUCACCGUUGAUCACAACCACACCCACUGCCAUCCUUGUGUGGUUAAAUAAUCAUAAAUCAUCAUCAGUCAUCGCAUCAAUCACCGCUACCAACACCACAAUGGAAAUCAUCAUCAUCAUCAUCAUUAUCCAUCCUGGCUAUAUAUCAAUCAAAACUACCGCAAUCAUCAUCAAGAUCGCCAUUAAUCAAGAUCACAGCAAUCAUCCACAACCACCACCACCGACGCAAUCAUCAUCAACAUCACCAUCAUAAUCGCGUUGCAUUCCCACCAGAAACUCCCACAACUCACUUGAACCUUCGUAUACUGUCAGAUUGUUCAGUUAGAUUGGAACACGCAAUACUGUGGUCGUGCGUGAGUAUGCGGAUCACAACAGAAAGGUUGUUUUCAUAACAGCUCGUAUUUGAUAAGCAAUACUGUAUGUUGAACAACAAAAUGUAACCUCAAUUAACACUAGUCUGCAUUGUGUAGACUGCUGGGUGCUGCUGCAUGCAUAACUGAAGUUACAACUUCUCGUGAGCGAUCCGCGCGCGAUCCGCCUUGGGCCAGCGGUUCUCAGCUUAUCUGGCUCGGAUGCUUCCCCCGAUCACGUUGCGUGAGCAAAGCCUGUGUCCCAUGCUGUGUAUCGGUGUGCUUUGUCGCCGUAGCGUGGCACCUGACGUUCCCCGCAACACAUUUCAAACGACUCCUGCACGGUCUCCACGCUGCAGGCUGCGCCUUCGUGAAAGGCUGUGGGGGUUGAGAAUCGCUGCGGGCUACGACUGUAAAAACUAACAGCAGCGCGUCAAACCCGAGCACACGACGCCACUCGUGGCCGCUACAGUGAAACGA